UAAUUAUUGCAGUCUUAGAUUACCACAUACGAUGGAUAUUCGAUAAAUGCUAUUGAAGCUGAGUUCUGGAAUUUUUGUGUGGAAUUGUUUCAACCAAUCCAUUCUAAGCUACACGGAACGUUACCAAGUCAAUAUAAUUUCCUGUGUCGUCCCCAUUCUGUUAUUCAACCCUCACACACAAUCAGAGGAGCCAUAUCAGGAAAGAUGAGAUUUAUUUUCUACCUCGUCUGUGUUCUUGUGUCCGUGUUUUCGUAUGAAUCAAUGCAGGCCUCUUACAACAGUUGGCAGAAUGGUUUACAGAACUGCUUGGACAAUGACAAUGGCAUGCCUGUAACUGCUGAAGAUGUCUCGCUAUUACAGAAUAACUCGUGGGUGUAUGCUGCUCAGUUUAGGAUUAACACAAGUGGUAUUAUCAUAGUUCAGAUGAGGAAGGUGGAAGAUAACAAGAUAUGCAAAGAGAAUUGCAACAAGACUUGUCAAGCCUGUGAUACAGAUUUUGUCUUUAACGGCAAGAACAGAUCGUCCCUAAGAAGUCAUCAAAAUAUCAUGGAUCAUGGGAUACAUUACAUUAUGAAAGAUUCUCAUUUCGAUGAUUAUCCAGAUCCUGAUGAAUGUUUAGAAUACGAAUUUGCUGUUAGAAAACUGGUAGCUAGAAACUGCAGUGACUUUCGUCAAGUUCAAUGUAUUAACGGUCCCAGAGAAGCUUAUAUAACGACGGCGUGUUAUCAGGUCUCAGGGGAGGAAUCAUGCUUACCAAACAUUGAGAGAUUGAUGACCACUGAUAGCUACGGCCCACAGGAAUGUAGAUUUCCAGCCUCUUGUCUUGAGGGAUCCUUUUGCCAGAUCAUUCUUAUUGGAGGGAUUUUGUUUAUAAGUAUCAUAUUCAGCAUAGUCUGUAUAAAAUGCUGCAUUAAGUACCAAGUUAGAAGGAUACUGAAGAACAUAAGACACGAGGAAACCACAACAGAUCAAAAGGACCCCAAGAUAAAAAUAUAUACCUACAACUAUACUGACGAGCAUCACCGCCCCGCCCACAGCACGAGUGUCUAAUCAUAAAAACCACGACAGAUCGAGAUCUCAAGAUCAACUAUACUGACCAGCAUCACCGCCCCGCCCACAGCACGAGUGUCUAAUUAUAGAAAACACGACAGAUCGAGAUCUCAAGAUAAAUAACUAUACUAACGAACAUCACCGCCCCGCCCACAGCACGAGUGUCUAAUUAUAGAAAACACGACAGAUCGAGAUCUCAAGAUAAAUAUCUAUACUGACGAGCUUCACCGCCCCGCCCACAGCACGAGUGUCUAAUCAUAGAAAACACGACAGAUCGAGAUCUCCAGAUAACAAUACUCACUAGGAUCUCCGCCCCGCCCACAGCACGAGUGUUUAAUUAUAGAAACCACGAGAGAUCGAGAAGAUCUCAAGAUGAAUAACUAUACUGAUUAGCAUCUCCGCCCCACCCACUGCACGAGUAAUUAACUAUAAUUCCAAUAUUAUUGAUUACAAUUGUUUUGAUUGGACAAAAAUAAAUCUCAACCAGAAUUUACACAUCUGUAAAUCCAAAAACGCUAUGUAUACAUAGACGCCUGAUAAGGAAUAACAGUGCAGGGAAAAUAUUCAAAUGUUUGACAUUGAUAAUAUAUGUGUAAACUCAGGACAUUUUACCUACAAACUUAAAAUAAAAGUAGUGUGCAGUUUAAUUUAGCUUGUGAGUAAAAUGUAUUGAAAU